CUCUUUCCCAGUGUAUCGCGAGAGACUGAGUGGGACAGGAGGCAGAGAGAAAUAAUCAUAUGCUUAUAACACACCAAGAGAGCAAUAUACACGUGUUAUAGCUGAUAUAUAAUUUAUGAUUAGAACGCCGACUAUUUAUUGAUGCACAACGUUAAACGCGGUGGCUACUCAAUGUGGAAUGAGGACUAAUACUGGACGCAAUAACACUGGCUUCUUGUCUAAACAACUAGCUAGCUAUGUAGCCGCCGAGCUAGUUAGCUAGCUAGCUACAUCUGCAACAAUCAUUUACGUAGGUUAGUUAGCUAGCUAGCUAGCUAAAGCUACUCCAGAGAGCCUUCUGUUUAAAAUAAAAAUCCGGGUCCGGUUUAAGUUUUUUACUCUCCCGAACAACAAGCUCACACAAGCAAAGCGCCGGUCUCCAGUUACACCCUGACCCGAAAAUGGCCACAGAUCAACUCAUCUGGUUUCUUGGAGAUCCCUGAAGAAAAAAAUAAAAGAUCUUAUCUGAUUCUUACACAACACUAACUCCUUCAUAAUCCUGUAUUCUGCAGUCAGUCAUUAUGCAGAUUUAUAUUUAUGUAUUUCAGAUUGCACUCACUACUAUAUGCGGAGUGCACAACUCUUUCUGAAAGAACCUAGUUGCUUCUUAAAUGGGGGGGAACUGUCAUCCCUCCUUUUUUGGUCUAUUACUUUUCCUAGUCCUAAGUAAAUCUUUACCCCAUGAACAGAGCGUGCCUUUUCCUGACCCCAUCAGUUUGUGACAAUCCUAGAUCAGAAGGCUUUAGUAAUUAGUCUGCAAAUUACAAGAAAUUAAUUGCUCAUUAAGUCAAUUAUGAACGGCUCCUUAUUAACUCCGCCCAGCCCACGGGCUGCAGCAAACUCGUCUCCUCUUCCUCCAUCCCCGUCUCCCUCGCCUUCUCCUCCAUCUCCCUCAUUGUUGCCCCUUUCUGUGCGUCCCCCACCCUUACCCCCUCCGACUUCUGGCCAGCCACUGUCUUCUCUGUCUGACACACCAACUCCCUCACCUUCUCCCUGCCUUAGCUGGACCGAGUUCUGUGAGCUUCAUGCCCGGGUAGCAGCUGGCGAUUUUGCCCGUCAUGUCAGGGCUUUUCUGCAGGAGAAUCCACAUUAUUCUUCUGAUUCUGCUGCUGCUUUCUGCCGGCGCUUCACUGACCGAUUUGUUCGGCAUUUUGAGAGCGAACUUGAGGUAAGCGGUGCAGUGAGGGAGGGUACAGGGAUUUGGGUCACUCAGUCUGAUGGCACAUCAUUGGAGGAAGAACCUACGUCUCCACCACUUUUGCCACCUGAUGCUGCUGCAGCUUGCCUGCCCACACAUGUCAGGGCUCCGCCCAAGCCACUUUCAGCUCGGCAAGGAUUGGACGCUCGAGGUUCAGAAAGAUUUCAGAAUCCCACUGUUUUCCAGGACUCAUAUGCUCAUGCGCAAAUUCUGCCACCUUCUUCUUCUUCGUCUUGUUCAUCUUCAAUGGGUGGAAACAAUGGUCGAAGGGAAGAUAGGGCAUUGACGGUUAAAAAGUAUCCUGGCCACUUGCCUGGUAAUGGAGACCUAGAAGAAGAGGAUGACAGCUGGGUGGGGCUAGUGACAGGAGAGGAGGCAGAGUCGGAUGAGCUAGUAGGGAAGGACUGUGAGGCAGAGGGUAGUACCCUCGCAGAUAGACCUGACGGCAGCCUGACACCACUGAGCCCAGCUUCUGGGGAACCGCUGAACUCCGGGUCAAAGGGCAAUAUCCCAGGUACAGGUGGUCACUCCAAAAACAAGCUAAAGAAACGCUUCUCCCUCCGCAAUGUAGGCCGUAGUGUGCGCGGCAGCGUAAGGGGUAUCCUGCACUGGCGGAGCUCCUCAAGUGACUCGCCUCAAGGUUGUGGAUCAACUAAUGCCACACCACUUCCCUCCAGCUACAGCUACACUAUGGGCCUGCAGGAUGCCAAGAGAAGUGCUCAAGGUGCCCCAGGUUCACUCCCCGUUUCACUUUCUCUCCCCCUCUCACUCCCUCACUCAUCUUCCUCCUCCCUGCCACCUUCAUCCUCCAGCAGUGCCACCUCUCUUUCCCUCUCUGAAGCUCGUGAUCGAAGAAGAAGUAAUGGAGAAGGCGAGAAGGAAAAGUGGACACACAGACUGGAGAAGCUGCGCCUGUCCCGCUCUCCUCCACCAACCCUACAAGCACCAGUAGGACCCACAUCAGCCUUGUUGCCCUCUGCCCUACCAUCUAGGAAGACAAGCAGACUUGUACGAGAGGGAGGAGUGAAUGUCUGCUCUUCUGCGGAUGAAUUUACUGGCUCUCAUGGCUUUCCGGGUGUCUCUUUCGGGUUGCUCCACCAUGGCAUAGACAAUAACAAUGCCCUCUCUGGCUCCAGUGUGGAACCAGCAGGUGGAAUUCCACCUCCAGCCACAGCUGGGGCAAUAGCUGGACGAAGCACUCGCUGGCACAAGUGUCGACUUGUUUUGAAGGAGCGAGACAAGGAAGGAGGCGAGAGAGGAGAAGAGUACUUCCUGGAGUUUUAUAUCCCUCCCAAGGCCUCUAAGCCCAGAGUGACUAUCCCAUGCUGCUUCAUUUUAGACAUCAGAAGCACCACAGCUCUUGAAGUGCCAGACAAAGAAAACACUUUUCUUCUGCAGUUGGAAGGACAGGUUCAGUAUGUCAUCGAGACCAGGGAUGCUGUUCAGAUGAGAGCUUGGCUGAGUGACAUUAGAAACAGCAUCUGUCUGAGUGAGCAAGAGGAUAUCGAGGGAGUGUGUGGUGGCCCACAGACGGACCUCAGUAGCACGCCAGAAUUUAGCGACCGUCUGUCUCAAGUGUGUUAUGGUGGGGUGGGUGGUUCUCCACUGCUGGAGCCUCUUCCUCCUGAGUUGCCACCCCGCGCUCCUCUAGAUGAGCCCGAUGGUCGACUGCUUGGCGGAGGCGGAGCUAGUCUUGGCAUGCCAUUCCCGGAGACACCUGAUGCCACAGGGUCCUUCUUGUUCUCGGAGGGCUCAGCAGCAGAGCCAGUGGAGCACCCAUUAAGUGAAUGCCAGUGGUUCCAUGGGACAUUGUCACGGCUAAAGGCAGCCCAGCUGGUGCUGGCAGGCGGCAUGGCAAGUCAUGGCGUCUUCCUUGUGCGCCAGAGUGAGACGCGGCGUGGGGAGUAUGUCCUCACCUUCAACUUCCAGGGCAAAGCGAAGCACCUGCGCCUUUCUCUAAACGAAGAUGGCCAGUGUCGUGUGCAGCAUCUCUGGUUCCAGUCUAUCUUUGACAUGCUGGAGCACUUCCGGGUGCAUCCUAUCCCCUUGGAGUCUGGGGGUGCCUCAGACGUCACCCUCAUCAGCUUUGUGGGUGCCACUGCUGCUCGGCAACCAGGCCGGGACAGGGCAGGCAGCCGGCCCACAGUCUGUGAUGUCAUCACCACGCGCCACCCUGACUCUCCAUCAACCCCCAUCUCUGACUGUGUACUUGACCAGCAGACCCCGUAGCCCCCCUCAGCCCCCGCCUCCCCCCCUCCCACCGGGGCGCCCUCCACCACCCACACCACCACAGGAGCGUGUAACUGACAUGGAGGCUGUAGGGGGAGGAGCAGCAGCCAGCGGGCCAGAGGAAUGUGAGGAGCGUGAAAGGGACGCACCU